GGGAUGAGGAGCGGGGCUGGGAACGGGGCUGGGCUCAGGGGUGCGGAGCGGGGCCGGGGCUGGAGCCGUGCCCGGCGCUGGGCAGGGCCGGUGUUUAGGACCCGGCGGGACGAGGCGGCGCCGGUGCCGGUCCCGCCCCGGCCCCAUUGUCUGGGCGCGGAGGCGGAGGGACGGGAGCGGCGGCGCCGGCAGCACGGACGCGGAGCGGAGCCCUCCCGGCCAUGGCCCCCGCACCGCCACCGCCACCGGCACCGCCACCGGCGACCCGGCUGGCGCUGCUGGCCGCCGCCCUGCUCUGCGCCUCAGCGAGGGGUGACGGGGACCCCCCCGACCCCGUCUACCUGCCGGCGCGUCUGGAGGUGCUGGGGGUCCCCGAAUAUUACCGGCUGCAGCGGGCGGACGGGGACCUGCCCGCCAACGCCUCCCUGCGCGCCCGCACCGAGACCUACCUGCUGCUGCCCCACGGCUCGGCCACGCGGCCCCUCCUCCAGGCCACCUACCCCCCCUUCAGCACCCGCCAGGAGAUGCCCACGGAGACCCCCCCGGGGAGGGAGGGCUCGGCAGCCUGGGCCGUCCGCGCCGUGUCCCUCGAGAGCGCCGUGUCACCCGCCGAGCCCAUCGCCCGUGUCCUUUUCCAUCUGCAGGGUCCCGACUGGCUGCCGGGGCAGCGGGACCCUCCCGGGGAGCGGGAUCCCCUCGGGGAUCGGGCCCCCCCCGGGCAACGGCACCCCCCCGGCAAGCGGGACCUGCCCUGCGUCACCCUCCACGCGCACCACGGCGGCCGGGUGGCCCGUGGGACGUGUCGCCUGCAGGCACCCCUGGGCGCCUGCGUGGUGGAGCUGGAGAUCCCCCCGCGUUGGUUCUCCCCCACCCCACGCAGCCGCCGCCGGGCAGCCGACCCCCCCGACCCCCCCGAGCCGGCCGAGCUGCACUACGGCGUGGUGGCACCGGGGGAUUGCGGCCGUACCGGGGGGGUGGGAAGCCGGAAUCGCGGCGGGGAGGCAAGCCGGUACCUGGGCACGCUGGAGCUGCGGGCGGCCGAGCCGGCGCGGUGGCAGGAGGUCCGGCUCGAUGACAAGGUGCUGCUGCGCGUCCCCGAUGCCACCCUGCGCCCGGGCCAGCGCUUCACCGCCACCCUCGCCCUACGGCACAACUUCACCGCCGACCAGCUGACGCUCCGGAUCAAGGCGAAGAAGGGGCUGCAGGUGGUGGCCGCCCGCCCCGCGUCCCCCGGCGCAUGGAGCGCCCAGCUGGAGCGCACCCGGGGGCCCAAGCACUCCACGGCCGUGGUGACCUGCCGGCGCAGCGGGGACAACCCCGGCGGGGGGAGGGUGGCCGACUCGCCCGCGUUCCUGCACCUGGAGCUGGGGGUGGAGAACGGGACGGGGGGGCUGGCGCCGGCGCGGCCCCUCACCUGGCAGGUGGAGUACCCCGGCCAGGACCCCGAGGCCCAGAAGGACAAACUGGUCUGGGAGAUCCAGGUGGCGGAACGGGACGUCCGGGCCCUCGUCCCCCUCGUUCAGGAGCUGGAGAUCCUAAACACGGCCCCGCUGACGGGGGUCCCCCGCGCCAUCCCGGUAAAACUGGUGGCCGUGGAGGCGGGGGGCGGCGUGGCCGAGCUCAGCGAGCCCCCGGGCUGCGAGUCGGCCGACAAGCAAGUGCUGCAGGUCUCGGAUGGCUGCGACGCGGUGUUCGUGGGGGGCAAGGAGAGCCGGGGGGCGCGGGGGGCGCGGGUGGAUUUCUGGUCCCGGCGGCUGCACGCCUCGCUGCGCUUCACCGUCUGGGCACCGCUGCUGCCCCUGCGCGUCCAGCUGGGUGACACCGCGCUGGAGCAAGUGCGGGGCUGGCGCCUGCCCGGUGGCCCCGAGAGCGCCCCGGGGGAGGCGGAGGAGCCCGGGGAGGAGGAGGCCGAGCAGCGGCGGGCGCGGGGCUGUCGCCCCCAGUACCAGCGCACGGCGCUGAGGGUGCUGGCCCACUUCGUGGCCCACCCGCUGGACGGUGGCCGCCACCUCGCCUACCUGCCCGGCCCCGAGUGGCUCCUGGAUGUCACCCACCUGGUGGCCAACCGCACCCGGGUACAGGACCCCCGCGUGGCUUCCCUGGAGGGGGGCACGGUGGUGGUCGGCCGGGAGCCGGGGGUCACCUCCGUGGAGGUGCGGUCCCCGCUCUCGGCCUCCAUCCUGGGGGAGCAGACGCUGGUGGUGACGGAGGAGAAGGUGACGGUGACGGAGCUGCGGGCCCAGGUGGUGGCAGGGCUGGCCCUGGAGCUGCGGCCACAGCCCGGCCACCACCCCGCCAUGGUCACCGUCACCGCCCGGGGGACGCCCACCCUGCGGAUCCCCAAGCAGGAGGCGACGCUGUCCCUCUGGUUGUCCUUCUCCGACCGCACGCUGGCCCCGCUGGAGCUGUAUGGCUGGCAGGACGCCGCCGUCGCCGUCACCUCGCUGGACCCCUCCGUGGCCACCGUUGGGGGGGUGUCCCCCGGUGUCCCCACCGCCCGCCCGUGGGUGGUGGCCGAGGGACCGGGGCGGGGGGCUUUGCUGCAGCUCCACCUGCACCCCCCGGACGCCUGUCGCCGGGGCCGUCACCGGGCAGCCGCGCUGGCCACCGCCACCGCUUGGCUGGAAGUGGGGCCGGCCCAACGCGGCGUCCCCACUCCCGCUAGCCCCCGACCCCGCGGGGGUGGCCGACCCCGGCUCAGCUCGCCCUUCCCGCGGGCCGAGGGGGCCAUGUCGGGAGAGGCGGUGACGGUGACGGCGGCCAGCGAGCCGCGGCGGAGGGACCCCGCCGGCGUGGGACCCGCCGCCACCAAGCUCCAAGGGUUGGGGUCUUCCUCGGAGGAGGAGGAGGAGGAAGAGGAGGAGGAGGAAGGCUACGGCGGCGGGGAGGAAGAGGAGGAGGAGAUGGUGAAGGCUCCUCAGCGGGUGACCGACCUGGAGAUCGGCAUGUACGUCCUGCUGGGCGUCUUCUGCCUGGCCAUCUUCAUCUUCCUCGUCAACUGCAUCUUCUUCGUCCUGCGUUACCAGCAAAAGGAGGCGCCGGAUGCCGGGGCCGCCCCCACCGCCCCCCAACCCCACAACUGGGUCUGGUUGGGCACCGACCAGGAAGAAUUGAGCCGGCAACUGGAUCGCCGGCAACCUGAACCCCCCCCCGAGGUGGCCACCCAACCCGGGCGAUGCUGCUGUGGGGCGCCGCCGGCUGCCGAAAACGGCGGGGGGGGUCCCACCGCCGCCGCCGCCGCCGCCCCGGCUCCCCUGCCCCGCAAGGAAGGGGGCGCGCCGGGGGGAGGCCGGAGGAAGCGGGUGGAAUUUGUCACCUUCGCCCCCCCCCGCCUUCCCGAGGAACCCCCCCAACCCGCCCCCAACGUCCAGUCCAUCCUGGUGGCCAGCGAGGACGACAUCCGCUGGGUGUGCGAGGACAUGGGGCUGCGGGACCCCGAGGAGCUCAGGAGCUACAUGGAGAGGAUCCGCGGCAGCUCCUGACCCCCCCCCUCAACCCCCCAGCAAGGGACCGACCUCCUCCCCACGCCACCCUUUGGGGGGGGGACGGGACGACACACGUGUCCCCCCCGCCAUCCCCUUCCUGCAGCGGGAUGUGCUGCUCCUGGGGGCCACCGCCUGUCCCUCCUGGUGGCCCAGGGAGGUCGGGGGGGGACGGACGACAUGGGUGGUGGUGGGGGGGUGUCUCCGGCAUCGCCCU